CACACACACCUGAGCAGACUCAGCUCAGCUUCAUUUUGUUUCUUUACCAGAGCAGAUGGAGGCAUGUAUGGUGAAGCCAGAAGUCAAAAAGAAACCUGUAAAGCCUAAACCUCCUCCAAAGCCUGCUCAGCUUUCACAGCUAAAAAGAAAUGAGCAAGAGAGACUGGAGCAGCCAGCUGCUCUCAGACCUCCAGGCCCUCCUAAACCUCCUCCAAAGCCGCCACAGCUAAAAAGAAAUGAGCCAGAGAGACUGGAGCAGCCAGCUCCUCCAAAGACAGAUGCUGAAACAGGAGAAUUAUCCAGCGGGAAAAUAUUCACAGAGGUUGUGAAAACUGCAGAAGCUGCUUCGAUUGAGGAGAAUGUAGCGUCUCUAAUCAGCGAUGGGUCGUGUAACAGUGAUCAUUGGGAAAACUCCAACGAAAAAGGAGGAUUUUUCAGUGUCUUCCUCCCAAAGUCCAACAAACUUCACACAGGUGGAAAACAAAAACAGGAUGUCGAGCAUCUGCAGACUCAGACGUCAGACAGUGAAAAUGUGUCAGAGAACGACGACAUAAACUCGACACAUUCACUGCACAGUGAGCUCUCUGACAGCCUGCCAGACGACGAGCUGUAUGAUGACGAGCUCUCAACCAGAGGUGAACCUCUUAAUGAAAGUCAAACGAAGGAAAGAGGAGGAAUAUUUUCUGGAAUAUUCAGAAAGUCUCCCAGACAAACAGAAACUACUGAAUCUGCAGAGACUAAGUCUAUGGACACUGAACUCUUAAUUGGAAACAAUUUAACAGAGAGAAAACAGAAGAAAAGUUCAGGGCUGUUUGGCAAAAUCCUGAAAAAGACUCAGAAACUAUCGAGGCAACAGACGGAGUCACUGGAUUCAGAGGAGGACGAGACGGAGUCGUCAGUGAUGAGCACUGAUGAGCUGUCUGAAGGCAGCAGCACCAGGGUGAAGAAAAGAGGCCUCGCUGCCAUAUUCCAAAGAUCGGUCAGCACUGAGGAUGUGUUUGAGGAGUCAAAAUCUAGCACAGAUAAGAAAAUAUCAUCCAGUUGGGACAAUCUGCUCAAAGCAACCGUGUUAAAGGAGGAGAAAACAGCACCACCAGGAAUCCUCAAAAAGUCUCCGCAACCAGCUCCACGCUCCAACAAAGCUGAGGAUCUUCGCAGCAACAAGGAGGACCUGCCCUCCAGCUGGGAUGGUCCUGAAAACUCCUCUGAGGAGAAAAAGGUCCAGUUCAUUGGGCUGUUCAAGAAGACACCAAAAACUAGGGAACCACAGAACAGUGAUGAUAUGGAGGAACUGGGAGGAGGCGAGCUGGGAUGCAGGAGGACCAUCAAGAGGAAGAAACGCGUGGUGUCGUUCAGAAUCAGGCAAACUCCUCCACAAAUACCAAAGAUUACUUCAUCAUCUCAGACUUCAGAUAAGACGCCCAUCAUUGAGGACAACGAUGAGAUGCGACAAUCGAAUCCAGCAGAGGAGGGCUCGAUAGAGGUUCAGUCUAUGGAGAUGGCAGCCUACCCAACAGGAGACCACCCUACGGAGUUUGAGCAGGAAGGUGAUGAAUUGAUGGAGUGGUGGAACACAGCUAAAGGUUGGACGGAGUGGAACGAAAUGUCAAAUAUCCAGGAGCAGGAUCAGGAAAUGGCCGUGGAGCAGGCGGCUGACCGUGUUUACCUGGCGGCCCGUGUCUUCGUGCGUCUCUUCAACCAGCGGGGCGGCUCCCUGCAGCGCCGCAUCCUGGAGCUCCUGUCUCUGGCCGACGCUGCGGACCACUUCCACAGGAAGACGGUGUCGGCCGCCGUGGGCGGGGGCGUGGCCAGCGUGGCGGGCAGCGUGGCCACCAUCACGGGGCUCAUUCUGGCCCCGUUCACGUUCGGCGCCUCCGUGAUCGUGACGGCGGUGGGGAUCAGCGUGGCGACGGCGGGGGGCAUCACCUCGGCCACGGCGAACAUCACGGACACGGUCCACUCCAGGAUGGACAGGAAGAAGGUGGAGAAGAUGAUCCAGGGCUACCAGGAGGAGAUCAGCGACAUCAGGGAGUGCUUGGAGUUUGUGCAGGAAGGUAUGGACACACUACAGGAGUGGGACUUUGAGCGGUAUUCACAAAGUGCUGCCAAAAAGGCUUUAAAUCACAGUAUCAAGCAUGUGGUAAAGGAGGGCGGCCGGGCCGGGAAAGAGCUGAUGAUCAACACCACCACACUCAUCAGCACCGUUCAGCUCUUGGGAGCCACGGGCGGCGCCAUCAAAGCUGCCCAGGUCGUCAGCGUCACCACAGGCGUCAUGGCGGCGCUCUUCCUGGCUCUGGACGUUUUCUUCCUCGCCAAAGACUCCCACGAGCUCCGCAAAGGGGCCAAAACCCAGUUUGCUGCCAAGAUCAGGGAGGUGUGUAAAGAACUUCAAGAAGGUCUGCUGGAGCUGAACAAGGUGAAGACACAGCUGCAGAAAACAAUGGACGGCAUCGAGGUGGAGGAGUACGAGGAGGUUCAGGAGGUGGAGGUGGAGAUCGAAGACGAUCUGGAGUCGGAUCCGAAGAAACUGCAUGAGCUGGAGCAGGAGCUGGACCUCCUGGAGGAGAAACUGGACAAAAAGGUCGAAGAGGAGCAGAAGAAGAGUAAAAAAGAAACUGGUAAAGAAAAAUGGAACGAGACAAAGGAAAAAAGCAAAAAGGAAAAGGAGGUUUCAGAAAUAAAGGAGGUGGAGUCAAGAAAGAAAAAUAAUAAAGACAAUAGGAAGAAUGAAAAGAAUAAAGAUGAGGUUGAAGGGAGGCUCACCCCUGAAUCACAUAUGCUUCCUGAGGAAACUGAGAAAAGUGUUAAAGCAGCUAAAGAUGGCUUCGAACAACAAUCUCAGGAAGGAAGCAAAGAAGGCAAAAGAACCAAGAAUCAAAAAGAAAAAUGUAAGAGCAAACUAGACAAAGCAACAAAACAUAGUGAAAACAAUAAAAAAACAGCUGAGGAGAAAACAGUGCAUGUCAAAGAAACCAGGAGUAGAUCAGAUAAUUCAAUAAAACAGGAAAGGGUGAAUAUAGACAGAGAAACAGGCCAAAGGAAGAGACAGGGAAGAAGAGUCAUCAUGCCUGAGUGGAAGCCUCUCAACCAACACAUGGAGGCGCACAGCAGCAGCAGCAAGAGUGAAGGAAGAGGAAGUGAUAAGGAGAAAGAGAACGACAGCAGCAACAUGGAGAGAGCUGCCAGAGGAGAAGGCAACAGGAGGGAGACGCAAAAAGGCAGAGAGCUGACAGAGGCUGAGGACGGAAGGGAGUCAGAGACAGAAGGAAGGAUGAAAAGCGAUCUGAGGAAAGAGUCUCAUCGACGUCAGACAAGAGCUUCGGCAGAGGAGGUUUUAGAAAGAGGCCUAAGGAGCAGCAUGAAGGAACCGGAUUCAUUCCAGACCAUGGCUGUGACACGGGACCAGAGGGGGGAGGAACAAGGGAGGAGGGGGGAGGACACGAGGAGGCCGUGUGAGAGAGAAGGAGGCGAGAAGGUGAAAAGGAGGAAGAGGAGAGAGGACGGAACGGGACUGAGAAGGGACGGAGCGAGGUCAGACAGGCACCGAGGACCCGGACCGCGGCCCGGUGCCCAGCUGGCAGACGGACUGUACAUUUAGCUGUACAAGUCAUGCAACUAAGACGGUGCUGCAUGCGCAAUUCAAAUAAUCUGACAUAUCCUGAAUUUCAUAAUUGUAGGAAACUUGAAUUUACUCUUAGUUGAAGGCCUGUGAAUACGGUUUUCAUUCACACCAGGUGAUGCUGUCUUUGUUUGUACGCUCUCAGAUUUAACACCAGUCAUGACUUGUACUUACUGUUUAUAAAAUGUGAUGCAACUUCACCUUUUGGGUGUUUCCACCACUGAUAAUUCAUGGUUACUGUGUUGUAUGCAGCAUGAUUGAACAUUCUUUUGUGUGGUGCUGGUCUCACUGAACAAAUAAAAGUGGAUCCCAUUGAAA